AGGUGGCCAUUAUUUAGAAACAAGUGCAGCGGAAGGUGAAUCAUAGAGUUUACUCAGAUUUUUUGAACUGAGUCACUUCACUGAGGACAUCCUUCAGUUCCUGUAAAUCAACAGGAGCUGUUUGGCAAGUUGAUUCACAAUGAGUUACCAAAUGCAGUCUCAAGGCCGUGCAAUGAAUUACCAGGAUGGUAACAUGCCGAGUGUGAAAGAACAAACCCUGAUGUGGCAGCAGAACUCCUACAUGGGAGACUCUGGUAUCCACAGUGGCGCCACUACACAAGCACCAUCACUGACAGGCAAGGAGGACGAUUUGGAGAAUGAUCAGCUCAUGUUUGACCUUGACCAGGGCUUUACUCAGGGCUUCACCCAGGAACAAGUUGAUGAGAUGAACCAGCAGCUUUCGCAAACUAGGUCUUCUCGUGUGAGAGCAGCCAUGUUCCCUGAGACUCUGGAGGAAGGAAUAGAGAUCCCGUCAACCCAGCUGGACCAGGCCCAGCCUACAGCUGUGCAGCGUCUCUCAGAGCCAAGUCAAAUGUUGAAACAUGCUGUAGUCAACCUCAUCAACUAUCAGGAUGACGCUGACCUGGCCACCAGGGCCAUCCCUGAGUUGAUCAAGCUGCUGAAUGAUGAGGACCAGGUGGUGGUCAGUCAAGCAGCCAUGAUGGUGCAUCAACUCAGCAAGAAGGAGGCAUCACGUCACGCCAUCAUGAACAGUCCUCAGAUGGUGGCCGCUCUUGUGAGAGCCAUCUCCAACAGCAAUGACCUGGAGACUACCAAGGGAGCUGUAGGUACUCUGCACAACCUGUCACAUCACAGACAGGGUCUGCUGGCUAUCUUCAAGAGUGGUGGCAUACCUGCGUUGGUCAAACUGCUCAGUUCACCUGUGGAGUCGGUGCUAUUCUAUGCCAUCACCACCCUACACAACCUGCUGUUGCACCAGGAGGGCUCCAAGAUGGCGGUGCGGCUUGCUGGAGGACUACAGAAGAUGGUUGCUCUCCUGCAACGCAACAACGUCAAAUUUCUCGCCAUUGUAACUGACUGUCUACAGAUUCUGGCGUAUGGCAACCAGGAGAGCAAACUGAUCAUCCUGGCCAGCCAGGGGCCUGUGGAGUUGGUCAGGAUCAUGCGCAGCUAUGACUACGAGAAGCUCUUGUGGACCACCUCCAGGGUACUCAAAGUGCUGUCGGUGUGCUCAAGCAACAAGCCAGCUAUAGUGGAGGCAGGGGGUAUGCAGGCAUUGGCCAUGCACCUCGGUCACCCCAGCCAGCGACUAGUACAGAACUGUCUGUGGACCCUGCGUAACCUCUCCGACGCUGGAACUAAGGUGGAUGGUUUGGAAGGUCUGCUACAGUCCUUGGUGCAGCUCUUGGCCUCAACUGAUCUCAACGUUGUUACCUGUGCAGCUGGUAUACUCAGUAACUUGACCUGCAACAACCAACGCAACAAGGUGACAGUGUGCCAGGUGGGCGGAGUGGACGCUCUGGUCAGGACCAUUGUCACUGCUGGCGACCGUGAGGAGAUCACCGAGCCUGCGGUAUGUGCUCUGAGACAUCUGACGUCUCGUCAUGUAGAGAGUGAAAUGGCACAGAAUGCUGUACGUCUUAACUAUGGCAUGCAGGUGAUUGUGAAGCUGCUCCACCCUCCAUCACGCUGGCCACUAGUCAAGGCUGUGAUAGGUCUGAUCCGCAACCUAGCUCUGUGUCAGGCCAAUCACGCACCUCUACGAGAGAAUGGAGCUAUACAUCAUUUGGUCAGACUGCUCAUGCGGGCCUUCCAGGAUACCCAGAGACAAAGGUCGAGUGUGGCGUCGAGUGGCAGUCAGGCGCCGAGUGCGUACGCGGAUGGAGUGAGGAUGGAAGAGAUAGUGGAGGGCACAGUCGGCGCUCUACAUAUACUGGCGCGAGAGAGCCACAAUCGAGCACUAAUACGCCAGCAGAUGGUCAUUCCAAUAUUCGUACAGUUGCUGUUUAAUGAGAUUGAAAAUAUACAGAGAGUUGCUGCUGGAGUGUUGUGUGAACUGGCUCAAGACAAAGAAGGUGCAGAGAUGAUAGAACAAGAAGGAGCCACAGCACCACUCACAGAACUACUCCAUUCAAGAAAUGAGGGUGUUGCCACAUAUGCUGCAGCUGUGCUGUUCCGCAUGUCUGAAGACAAGCCCCAAGAUUACAAGAAGCGACUGUCCAUGGAGUUGACCAACUCUCUGUUCCGAGAGGACCAGAACCUCUGGGCCGGAGGAGACUUGGGCAUGGGUCCUGACUUGCAGGACAUGCUAGGGCCAGACCAGGGGUAUGAUGGGCUGUAUACGACCGGCCCCCCCAGCGUGCACAGUAGUCACGGCGGUCGCAACUACGCACAAUCAGGUUAUGACCAGGUACUCCUAGACUCAAUGCAGGGAGUUGACCUCGGCUCACAACACUCGGACUACGGACCUAUGGACGUGAGCAGUGACCCUCUCCCCCCACCCCCUCCAGACAGUCAGGUGGCGGCCGCCUGGUACGACACGGACCUGUAGCACCUACCACCUACAACCUACAACCUACCAUCUGGUGUCCAUUGGCCCAAUGAGCAUCCACUAAAAUAAAAUAAAACCUAUGUAUACGUAACUUUUCACUAGUUAUAUGAGGCUCUAUGAUUCAUAUCUUAAUAUUUGUUGAAUUUUGAUCCAACUAACUUAUUUAACGGUUUUCAUACCAAAGGCAUUGCCCAAAGCAUAUAAUGCUGUCUAGCCAUGUAACAUUGUAUUCAAAACUUGAGUCCGCGUGAUGUAGUUUGGUGUAUACAGUACAAACAUCAGGCGGUAGGAGGGUAGCAAAUCUUCCUACAUGAAAUGUUAACUUGUGUCAAUUACCACAAUAGAGCUGUAAUACAAAGAUAGAACUGUUGUUUUGUGGCCAGUGGACACCUUGGUAAAGUCUUGCUUUAUUGUGUUAGGCAGUUAACAAUUGAGUCAACAAUAAAAUUAGUUUUAUUCCUAAGUAAAUUAAUUUUAAAAAGAGAUCUCAAGAGUUUAUGGUGCUAAGGUUAAAUAAACAUUAGUGCUCCAUUCGUAAUGAUCAGUCAAUUUCUGUAGCUUAAAAUCAACCGUGUUAAUAAUAAUUUAUUAUAGUAUAAUUAAAACAAGUGCAUCACCUUUAAUUCAUUUCUUAUUAGCCUUGAAGUAGUUUUAUUUAUUUAUAUUGUCAUCGCAAGACCUUGAAAAAAACUUCACUCAGAUUUAUUUUGUAAUAAAUUAUCUUUAGUGGAUAAAAGUUUUAACACUUAUUAACUAAGCACAAAAAACAACUUUUAAAAGUCUGGUACUUAAUCAAUCAUUCCAUAGACAACUUGUUUCUAAUAUUUUUUAAUUUUAUACUAAUCUAAAACCUCAUAUAAAAUCCUGUUUUAAAAAUAUAUGUUUUGAAAUAAUAAUUUUUACUGUUGUCAAAGUUUAUAACACUCGUGUUUAUACUUUAAUCAGAAAAGUAAUUUACUUAUAUAUAUUGUUUCUACUAGUAUUAUUAGUUAAUUACAUGGUUAAGUUCCCUUUGGUGCCAGAAUUAGGCAUUUUUAUGUUUAGAUAGUUUAUUUAAGUGGACCUUUGAACUGUCUGAAUGUGUGCUAGUUACAUGUAAAGAACAUUAGCCUACACUGUUCAGAUAACAAUCUUGUUGUAUUGUGUCUAGGUUAGAAUCCCGCUCACAGGGUCACUAUUACAUUUGUUUUUAAGUACAAUUUAAAUUACUAUGCAUUGAAUAAGUAAAUGUGUUUAUUUUAUAUCAUUGUAACAUGAAUAAAGAAUUUUAAAAUCAA